AUGGCGCUUCCGAACGAUGUCGAGGCGUGCGAGAAAGACUUGCAGAGGGUUUCGGACUCCCAACACAGCGAUGCACCGGAGAAUUACGAUACUGCAGCAGUUCGCGCCUUAGUCUGGAAACAAGACCUUCGCAUCAUCCCCCUCACAGCAGGAAUCUACCUCCUCUGCUUCCUCGACAGAUCCAACAUUGGCAAUGCCAAAACCCUCAAUGCCAAUGCCGGAGAAUCCCUCCUACAAGAAGCCAACAUGACCAACUACCAAUACACCAUUGCGCUCAUGGUCUUUCUUGUCGCUUACGCUGUUUUUGAAGUGCCCAGCAACUACUUCCUGAAGAAACUGAAACCCAGUCGCUGGAUUGCUUUUCUCAUGUUUGGUUGGGGUGCGUGCACAAUUGGACUUGGUGGCGCGAACAACUAUGCGACUGUUACCGCUGUGCGGUUCUUGUUGGCAGUCGCACGGCUCGAGAAAGAAGGAUCAAAAGGUGAUGCGCCGUCGUUGAACUGGGAAACCGCAGAGGCAACCCUACUUGACGGCCGACUCUGGGUGCAUUACAUCAUCUACUUCGGCAUCUCAGCGCCAUUCAGCUCGCUUUCUCUCUUCACUCCGACGAUUACUGCAGGGUUGGGUUACGAGAACCUCCAGGCACAACUCAUGACAGUGCCACCGUACGCCGUCGCAUACGUUGUUUCGAUAGUCACAGCUUGGUCAUCGGACUACUUCAAUGCCCGCGCGUUGCACUCAGCUGUCUUGGCUACCAUUGGAGCAAUUGGUUUCCUGGCAUCGGCCCUGCUUCCAGCUGAAUCUUUCCAUGCGCGCUAUGGAUGUUUGAUCGUUGCGGCCAGUGGAGCUUUCUCUUGUAUCCCACCACUGCUGGGUUGGUUGAGCAACAAUAUGCACAGCACCGCUGCUGCAGGAUUGGCUAUCGCAUUAAACGUCUCCUGGGGUGCUCCAGGUCAAAUCGUGGGUGUUUGGAUCUACAAGGCAAACGAGAAGGAGCGCGGGUAUCCUACUGGCCAUUGGACGAACUUUGGAAUGCUGGUCAUGGUUGCUGUCGGCUGUGUUGGGUUGAGAUUUUACUACCAGUGGCGCAACAAGAGAUUGCAACGCUUGGGACCGGAUGCGACGGGAAUGGACAGAGAGUUCAGUUAUUGA